CCUAUCACGAGGUUCUGCAGUGCUUUGUGACUCCGCCAUGGUUCCGCCAAAAUUGGCACAGCACCUCUCAUACAAGAGUGCCAUUGCGCUGAUUCCACCAUCCUCCCUUCAGCCACCUAUCGAAACAGUGCGGCGCGUCUACGACAAGCAUUUUUCCCGCUGGCCGCCACACAUUAACCUCAUCUAUCCCUUUCUUGCAUCCCCAUCUGAAGCGGAAGGAGGUGUGCAGCAAGAAGACGAACAGCAACAAUCUCCUGAUCCACAGCUACCUCACUUGAAGCAAGAUAUCCGCACCCGCAUCUGCAGUGCAUUGCAAGAUAUCGAGCCCUUCGAAAUUCGUCUAAGUGCCGACCCCCCGGGUACCUUUUCCCAUGGCGCGCGAAGUAAGACUGUGUGGUUGGAUCCGGUGCCACCAAAUUCGGACUCAUCACUUCAUCCGUUGCACCGCCUUCAAGCUGCCCUACAAGCCGAGUUCCGAGAAUGCGAUGCUGAUGAUCGACCAUUUAGUCCUCACCUAUCCAUUGGCCAAGCAAAGAGCAGUCAAGAAGCCCAGAACCUGGGUGAAGAAAUCAGGAAAAGCGUAUCAAGCACCCUAGCUGAGCAAUCAACAAAUGAUCUUCAGGAGAGACAGCCAACUGUCCUUGACUGGUACGUUGACAGAGUAUACGUGCUUGAGCGUAAGGGAUACUAUGGCCGAUUCGCAGUCGUUGAAGAAGUAAAUCUCGGAAAGAAGUAAAGACUUCUUUGCCUAUGUUCAUCCUCCUUUAAUACGCGAAUUAAUGCGUGGCAUACCAAUACGACAACAUACACGAAAUUCCGUUCUUAGAAGAAAGGAUACUCAAGCUCAGUCAUUAUAUGUUAAACAACUCAGUUUUUAGCGAAGAACUCUCGCAAAUUAUCAUCGAGCCACUUCACAUCCUCCGCACUUUGUCCAGGACCUACGCAUCAGUCAACACGAGUCCACUUCAACUCAAAUAGAAUUCCACUCACCACCAGCCCAAUGUCCCCAAAUGCUCGGGAAGACUUUCAACGUCCCUACCCCUGGUCUCAUAUUCUCAACUUCCAUGUCGCUAUCCUCCGGCGGAAAAUACAAAUCCGUCUUUCCGGGCAGUACCAAAGCCUUCGCCUUAAUCCCGUGCAUU